ACUGCGGACACAGUACAGGAGAUGACCAGAGACUGCGGACACAAUACAGGAGAUGACCAGAGACUGCGGACACAGUACAGGAGAUGACCAGAAACUGCGGACAGUACAGGAGAUGACCAGAGACUGGGGACAUAGUACAGGGGAUGACCAGAGACUGCAGACAGUACAGGGGAUGACCAAGAGACUGCGGACAGUAGUACAGGGGAUGACCAAGAGACUGUGGACAGUACAGGGGAUGACCAAGAGACUGCGGACAGUGCGGGGUAUGACCAGAGACUGCAGACAGUGCGGGGGAUGACCAGAGACUGCGGACAGUACAGGGGAUGACCAGAGACUGCGGACAGUACAGGGGAAGACCAGAGACUGCAGACAGUACAGGGGAUGACCAGAGACUGCAGACAGUACAGGGAUGACCAAGAG